CGCACUUGCCAUUAUAAACAGUGUGGGACUCGCUUCAGUGCUGCAAAUUGAGCAGUAUCAUUCCCAGUUCUUCACGCCACCAAAAACCAGAGAGUGAAGAUUUUUGAAAAGCAGAACAAUGAAGCUUGGUUUCUUUCUGUUUUCUCUGGUUCUCUACCAGAUGAUACUACAACCUGGGAUCUUCAAAGUAGAAGGUGAUGAUGAUGAUGAUGAGUUUGUGAGAGUAAGAGGGGUGCAGCUUCUGCUGAAUGGGAAACCCUUCUAUGCUAAUGGUUAUAAUGCUUAUUGGCUCAUGUACAUGGCCUCUGAUCCAUCUCAGAGAAACAAGGUUUCAUCUGCAUUUCAAGUAGCUGCAAACCAUGGACUCAGCAUAGCAAGAACAUGGGCUUUCAGUGAUGGUGGAGAUAACCCCCUUCAAUACUCUCCUGGAUCCUACAAUGAACACAUGUUCCUGGGACUAGACUUUGUAAUAUCAGAAGCCAGAAAGUAUGGGACCAAGUUGGUGUUGAGUUUGGUGAAUAACUAUGAUGACUUUGGAGGAAAGAAACAAUAUGUUGAGUGGGCAAAGAGUCAGGGCCAGUCCCUACAUUCUGAAGAUGAUUUCUUCACAAACUCUCUUGUUAAGGAAUUCUACAAAAACCAUAUCAAGAGUGUACUCACAAGGCGUAAUAACUUCACGGGAGUGGUUUACAAAGAUGAUCCAACCAUAAUGGCUUGGGAACUCAUGAAUGAAAUUAGAUGCCCUUCUGAUCAUUCAGGAAACACAGUUCAGGCUUGGAUUACUGAAAUGGCAACUUACUUGAAAUCCAUAGAUGGAAAUCAUUUACUUGAAGCUGGUCUGGAGGGCUUCUAUGGACUUUCAAAGAAUGAGUCUAAUCCAAAUUUCCAAGUUGGAACAGAUUUCAUUGCAAACAACCAAAUCCCUGCCAUUGAUUUUGCCACAGUUCAUUCAUACCCUGAUCAAUGGUUACCAGGAUCAAGCAAUGAAGAACAAACCUUAUUUUUGGUUCGAUGGCUGAAUGAUCACAUACAAGAUGCACAGAUUAUUAUUCAGAAGCCAGUUUUGUUUGGUGAGUUUGGAGUAUCAGUGAAAAACAUGAGCAGUGACUCAAUUACACUAAGGGAUCAAUUUUUCAACUUGGUCUAUUCUUCAAUCUAUUCAUCAGCAAGUGAUGGUGGUGCAGCAACUGGUGGCUUGUUUUGGCAUCUUUUAGCAGAAGGAAUGGAUUCUUUUAAAGAUGGCUAUGAAGUGCCCUUAGAUGAGAAUAGUUCAACUGCUACUUUGAUUGCUCAAGAGUCUCAGAAGCUCAACAGAAUCAGGAUGAAGAAAUCCUCCAUUGUUAAGAAGAAUAAAGCAAGGGAUGUUAGAAACUGAGAUAAGUCUUCAACACUUUGUAAAAUGAGUGUUCACUUUUUCUUUAUUCUAGUAAAAAAUUAUUUAAUUAUAA